AUGUCUCGCCCGCAGAGUGAGAUAGGAGACACAAUCGAGGUGACCCGGUAUCCUUCCAAGCCCACGUCUGCACCUCGCUUGGCCAAUGGGAUCGGCCCAAAGCCACCCAUUCCUGCGCGACGGCAAGGCUUAUCGUCACCGCCAUCCUCGCCGUCACCAAACCCCCAUUCUACGCACCCGGCACCCCAGGGCCAGUCAUCAUCACUGGAAUCAAUCACCCCGGACGACCCGCCACCGUCGUCUCUUCCCCCGACAGCAGCUCUAUUCUACAUCAUCACCAGCGCAACCCAUGAUUGGGGCCUGGUGGGCGACACCUUACGAUCGACGGACCUACGCGAUGGUCCAUAUCUACCGCCUGCUCUUCACAGAAUAUUCGACCCUGUGAAGGAACAGGAAUAUAUUUAUAUAUGUAUAUUUUAA